GACAAAUAACGUCUUCCUUCUUUGUCAAGGGCACUGGAAACUGUAUGAAACCUAGCAGCCGUAGUCUGCACGUGUAGCCGUAAACCAGCUUAAUAAAGUAUCUGUUUUGAACCGGACACUGGUGGAGAUGGACGGGUUCGGGUCAGACUUUUCAGCAGGAGGGUCCGGCGGUAAAAUAGACGCCGGGACCAUCAUGGAGCAAGUUAAGGUCCAAAUCGCGGUGGCUAACGCUCAGGAGCUCCUGCAGAGAAUGACUGAUAAAUGCUUCAAGAAGUGUAUAGGAAAGCCUGGAAGCUCAUUGGACAAUUCUGAACAGAAAUGCAUCGCCAUGUGCAUGGACAGAUAUAUGGAUGCCUGGAACACUGUGUCCCGAACAUACAACUCCCGGCUGCAGAGAGAACGAGCUCGAAUGUGAAAAAACUUCAAAACACUCUACCUACUUCUCUUUGUUGGGUCGCUGCUGCUAGAAUGAGGACCAGCACAGUGCAGCACUGGAGCAGGUGUACGUCGUCAGCAGCACAACACCCCCUCGUCUGUCACAGUCAUAGACAGAUGAGGCCUGUGGACUCUGACCCGUAACAGAAUCUUUGUGGACAUUUUUAUUUUUACUUUUGAGGAAAAGUUUGCCAAUACAGUUUAAUUAUUCCUGUCAUAUGUAUUAAAUGCAGUAACAGAUGG